AUGGGCCUGAAUCUGGCUCUAUUUGGAGCCAUUUUACUGGCCACGGUGUCAGCACAGAACUGGGGACAGGACAGCGGUAAGUUUUUGGCAUUUUUCAACAUUUUUAUACGUUUUUUGAACGAGUUUACUGUUUUUUGGUCACAAACUUUAUGGAAACGGUAUUAGAAGCAAAGUGUUAUUUUAUAGGGAAUUCUAUGAACUUUUUGACUGUAAUAGUGCAUAAAUUAAAAUUUUGGGGGUUUGGAAACAUAUAUUCAAAAUAUAGUUUUUAAUACUACUACAUGUUUCAAUUUUUACUCUAACAAUCAUCUCCUUUUCAGUCAGCGACGGCGAGAUCAUCCCAGCAGAAGCCGGCUUCCCCUGCCAUUCUUUGGCCAAAGAAAACUACACCUGUAGCGACUGCAUCCAGUUCCAUGACUCUUGUGCAUGGUGCGAGGAUUUUGUAGGUUUUUAAAUUUUAAAUUCUUAUUCUGAGUUUAGGAAUUCAACAGAGAAACCUCGUUUUCACGAUGUGAUUCAGCACAGAACCUGCUUGACCAUGGUUGUGCUGCCAACGCUGUUGUCAAUCCUCAAAGUCAUUUGAGAACCAUCGCUUCUGACCCAUUUGUAGAUGGUGGAGAUGAGGAUGAUAAUGUUCAGCUGAGGCCACAGGAAGUCGAGAUCAGGAUUCGGCCACGUAAGGUUUCAAUUUUGAAUUUUUUUAAAGUAAUAUUUUAGGAUUUGGUGAUUUAAAGUUGAGAUUUCAUAUAUCUUUUCAAGUUUUAAUAUUACAAAAACACUUUUCAGACUCAAAAGCCCGCUUCGACGUGACCUUCCGCCAAGCUGUCGAUUACCCGGUCGAUUUGUACUACUUGAUGGACUUGUCCUACUCAAUGAAGGACGACAAAGAGAAGUUGAGUCAGUUGGGAGAUCUUUUGGCCGCCAGAAUGAAGGAGAUCACCAAGAACUUCCGUCUUGGAUUCGGAUCUUUUGUCGACAAGAAAGUAAUGCCAUUUAUCGACCCACGAAAAGAGAAACAAGACUCGCCAUGUUCAGAAGGUUGUGCUCCAACUUACGGCUUCAGAAACCAAAUGAGCUUGACGACCAACACUAACAAGUUCUCGGUAAGGGGUGUGAAACACGUCACAGUAUUUUUAUAGAAGUUAUGUUAGCCAUUACAAUUAAGGCUGAGAUUUGAUCAUUUUAGAAAUACAUGACCUACUACAAUAUAAACCCGAGGGUUGUUAGUUGAUCAAAAAAUUAUUUGACUUAUAUUGUUUCAGUACUAUAAUAUAAGAUAAAUAAGCUGAAACCAAGGAAAGAUGAACAACUCAAUAACAACAUGUAUUUUUUAGAAAGAAGUAGAAAAGGCUGAGAUUUCUGGUAAUUUGGACGCUCCAGAAGGCGGUUUCGACGCUGUUGUUCAAGCUAUUGUUUGUAACGUAAGUUUUAUUUUUUCACUUUUGAAUAUGAAUUUGUUACAGUAAUUUUUGUGAAAGAAUAAUAUUAUUUAUUUUCUUAUUCAUUAGUAUACUAUAGUAUCUUUGCAGAGUACUAUUGGAUGGAGAGAACGUUCUCGUAAAAUGAUCGUCCUUUCCACCGAUGCUGGAUUCCACUUUGCUGGAGAUGGAAAGGUAGAUGUUUUUUCGAUAAAUGAUUUUUUUAGGUUUUAAAAAUUCAAAGAUUAGCUUUAUCAUUUAAUGUAGAUAGCAUCUCUCUUGAUUUUUAUAAAAUUUAAGCAAGUCUUCACAAUUUUUUUUCAAUUUUAGUUUUUUUUUGCAUUUUCUAAUGCUUAUGAUUAAACUUUUAAUAUUUUAGCUCGGAGGUAUUUUGACUCCAAAUGACGGUGAAUGCCAUUUGGAUGCUCAAGGCUACUACACACAAUCUACUGAACAAGAUUACCCAUCAGUUGCUCAAUUGCACAAAAUCAUCAAGGACAACAAGGUUAACAUGAUCUUUGCUGUCACCAAGAAGAACAAGAAGCUUUAUGAUCAGGUAAAUCCACCACUAUGAACAAUAUGCUAAUUAUAAUAGGUUUUUGAAAUACAGUACUUAACAAUUUAAAUACAGUAUUCAAAAAUUGAAAUACAGUAAAUUUUCUUUUCUAAAAUAAUAUUGUUGAUGAUUUUUUCCGUUUUUAAUCAUAUCUUCCCCGUUUUAGUUGAGUGAAGCUCUUCCUGAUGUCAGUUCAUCCGUUGGCGUCUUGGCCACAGACUCCUCCAACAUUGUCACCUUGAUCGAAGAAGAGUACGGUAAAAUCGCCGAAAAGAUUAUCAUGGUAGACAACGCCAACUCUUCCAUGGGAUUGAAGCUGAGCUACAGGUCAAAGUGCUUGAAGUAAGUCAACAUAAACUUUUUUUUCAUGUUUGACCGUAUCUAACGUGCUAUUGACCUAGCACAAUUUUUGAAGAUUACUCUAAGAUAAUUAAAGGAGAACCUAGGCUUUUGAAAAAUUAAACUUACCUUUGAUUUUCAGUGGAAAAGACCUCAAAGACACGAACGUAUGUGAAGGAAUCAAGGUCGGAGAUGAAGUCACCUUCGAAGUUACCCUGGAAGCCACUCACUGUGUGAAACAAAGAGAUUUCGAACUUCACAUUGGUCCCUCAGGCCUCGACGAAACCCUCCUCCUCAACGUUCACGUCAUCUGCGAUUGUGACUGUGAAGAUGAGGUUGUCAUAAACGCUCCGGAAUGCGGCGGUCACGGUAACCUGGUUUGCGGCAUCUGUCAAUGUGCCCCAGGCUUUGUCGGCGACCAAUGUCAAUGUGAAUCCGGCGGUGAAUCCGCCAUCGCUUUGGAAGCCAAAUGCCGCAAAGACAACAGUUCCUUGAUCUGCUCUGGCCGUGGACGAUGUGAAUGCGGCGUCUGUGUCUGUAACACUCGUCAGAAUCCGGAAGAAAUCAUCUCCGGCCAAUACUGUGAGUGCGACAACUUCAACUGUCCACGACACGACCGCAAACUAUGCGGAGGUCACGGUACCUGUAACUGUGGACAGUGCAUCUGCGAAGAAGGCUACACCGGCCCUGCAUGUGAAUGUCCAUUAUCGACCGAGACUUGUCUCUCGAAGAACGGCAAGAUCUGCAACGGUCACGGCGACUGUAUUUGUGGGAAGUGUCAUUGUCACACGGAUGAGGACGGUCAACGAUACUCUGGACCGUUCUGUGACAUCUGCCCUACUUGUCCCACUAAGUGUGUCGAGUACAAGCCAUGUGUGAUGUGUCAACAAUGGGGAACUGGACCUUACAACGAGAGCAAGUGUGCUGAAUGUCCAUUUACUGUCGUGCCGGUCAAGGAGUUGCCAGGUAAGGGGUGAUAACUUUAUUUUUUGUUCACUAGUAUUAUCUUACACUGCCUAAUACUGCCAUUUUCAGUUCUAAACGCCUCAGACUCCGAGACCUGGAACGAAUGUCAGUUCGUGGACCCAGCUGAUGACUGUACCUUCUACUUCCUCUACUACUACGAUGGCUACAGUAAUCUUACCGUAUGGGUGAAGGAGGAAAAGGAUUGUCCAGCACCAUUGCCCGUUCUUGUCAUCGUACUCAUGGUCAUUGCUGGUAUCGUACUGCUGGGUUUGUUGUUAUUGUGUCUGUGGAAGAUCUUGGCUGUCAUGUACGACAGAAGAGAGUACGUUAGGUUCGAGAAGGAACGAUUGAAUGGAAAAUACGAUUCGGUAAGUGUUUACUAUGGCUUUGAGUGAUAGGGGAGGGAAGUGGGUGUGGAAUGGUUACGGUGGUUUUUGUUCUAAGUUUUGAUGUUUCAUAACAUUGUAGUGAAGGUAUGCAUCUUAUAAUUACUUUUUGUUGUUUUAUUUUAAUGUCAGAUGGUAUACGUUAAUAAUAUCUAACGUUUUUGUCUUAUAUCUUGAUUUUAUUACACAUUAGUUGUGAUAAAGUGGUACAAUAUGGCAUAUAAAAGGUGGCAUUCACUGUUUUCUAGUACAGCCAUAACAUCUUUGUCGUAUCUCGUAUAAUAUCUAACAUCUUUGUCGUUUUUCUUAACUGAUACUUUGUAUCAUAUAUCUUUUAACCACAAUAUUACCUCGGAUGAUCAACAUUAACAUAAAAAACUGUGUCACAGUGCAAUAACAUCGACGUAUUAACAAGACUAACAAAAAAUCAGUUGUCCUGUGGUAUCAACAAUGAUAUUACGGUAUACUUUACAGAACGACAACCCCAUCUUCAAACAAGCGACAACAACCUUCAAGAACCCACUCUACUCUGGCGACCGUGCCAAACUCAAUUAGAGUACGAGAUUUGAUAUCGGAAUCGCAAUGUAAAUUUAGGUAUUUCUUCUUCUUUUCGUAUCUUUCGGCCGCGGUAUUUCUUGUUUUCGUUUUCGGUUAUGUCGUAUUUUUUUUGAAAAUAAUGGUAUAUCAGGUGGUAUAUAGUAUAAUAUAGUGUAUACCACCUGGUAACCGCAAGAUUAUCGGUAUAUACAGCGGAUUCUUGUUAUAGUGAACUUAUCACAGUAAUAUCUAUAGCCUAUAACUGUUUCCUUGGUGAAUAUGUCCGUCUCUUUCUCUACUUUUCCAAAAACAAUGUUAUAUGUCCUCCUACUUCUCUCUUUAAAACAUCCAUCUAAGCCAUUCUCAAUAUCCCUAUGCCUUAAAAUCAAGAGCAUUGUGUUCAAAAUUAAAUACUCCGAAAUUUCAGACCGAUAACCCGAUAUUCAAACAAGCGACAGACACCUUCUACAACCCCACCUACACCGGGAACGCCAACCCCCCGAACACCACCACCUACCGUGCUAAACGAUAA